UAAAUGUCACAAAUCGAGAUUGAACACGUCAAAAUUAGAUUUUUUGCCAGCGAUUGAUACGGAACGAUGUUUUGAAAAUGUAUUUGUUGACAAUAUUGCAGUGUUUUAGUGCAUAGGAUUCUUUUGCAAUAAGUCUCAUGUAAAUUUUAGUGAUUGGAUGUAGUGAAAAACACCAACAUGAAGGCGGUCCUCGCAACUGUGAUCAGUCUUGCACUGACGACUGUGGUCAUUGGCAAUGCAUAUUACCAAAAGAAACAAUUUUAUCCUUCAAUAGUCUACUUAACAAAUUCGAACCCUAGUAUGGCUGUAAUGUACUUGCAAGCGUUUAUAUUAGUAUUACUGUUAGGUAAGCUACUAAGAAAGAUAUUCUUUGGACAAUUGCGCCCAGCGGAAUUUGAGCAUUUAAUAGAGAGGUCUUGGUAUGCAAUCACAGAAACAUGCCUGGCAUUUACUGUUUUCAGAGAUGAUUUCAACCCGAAAUUCAUUGCCCUUUUUACACUCCUCCUGUUCCUUAAAGCAUUCCACUGGCUGGCUGAAGAUAGAGUUGACUAUAUGGAAAGAAGUCCAGUCAUCGGGUUGGUGUUCCAUGUUCGAAUCUUAUCACUGCUGAUGUUGCUGGCACACGCAGAUUUUUACUUCAUCCACCAUGCAUAUCAGUUCACUGCCGCCAAAGGACCCUCAGUGCAGUUGGUCUUUGGAUUUGAAUACAGCAUACUGAUUAUUAUGAUUGCCAAUAUACUAAUUAAGUACGUCCUCCACGCGAUCGACUCUCGCUGGGAAGCGCCGUGGGAGAGCAAAGCGGCCGUGCUCCUGUACACGGAGCUGGCGAUCAACUUUCUGAAGGUCCUAUUGUACAUCGGCUUCGUGGCCGUCAUGGUGAGGAUCUACACGCUGCCGCUCUUCGCCUUCCGACCCAUGUACGAGACUAUGAGGAGCUUCAAGAAGGCCUACAACGACGUGGUGUUGUCUCGACGCGCCAUCCGCAACAUGAACACUCUGUACCCAGACGCCACUCCCGCUGAGCUCGCCGCCGCUGACAACGAAUGUAUCAUAUGCCGAGAAGAGAUGCAUACAGGUGCAAAGAAGCUACCCUGCAACCACAUAUUCCACGCGGCGUGCCUCCGCCUCUGGUUCCAACGGCAGCAGACGUGCCCCACGUGCCGCCUCAACGUGCUGCGCGCGCCCGCGCCGGAGCCCGCGCCCGGCCCCGCGCCCGCGCCCGCGCCCCGCCCGCCGCAGCCCCGCCCCGCCAACAACGCUGUGCCGCCGCCCUUCCCCAACAUGCCUCCGCCCCCGAUGAUGGCGUGGGGCAUGCCCCCUCCCCCGCCGCCGCGGCCCGCGUCGCUGGCGACGCUGACCACGGCCGAGCUGCAGCGGAUGGAGGGCAACGAGCGCAGGAACAUCGAAGCUCGCUUGCAGCUGCUCCGCGAAAUAGAAUCGAUGCUGGACGCGUCGGUGCUGCUGAUGCAGCAAUAUUCCGCUGUGGUGGCCAACCUGCCGCAGAACAACGUCACCGUCGCCACGCAGACCGAAGCUAAACCGGAGCCCGCGGUUCCGUCGCCGGACGUGUCCCCGGGCCCGUCGCACAGCGCCGAGCCCGCCGCCGCCAACACUACCAGAGACAAGACUGAUGCUGAUGCGGAGGAGCUGAGACGACGUCGACUGCAAAAGUUUACGCAGGAUAAAUAAGCUACUUGUAUAACGGACUGUUCCUUCUAACUUACCAUUAUUUAAUGUACAAAGUGUGGUACGCUAAGCUAUGUGUAUUCUAAUCAGAAUAAGUGUAUUUAUGUUCUUGUAAAUAUAAAGGGAUAUACACAUGAAUACAUUACAUAAUACUUUCACACA